AUGUACCAAGAGCCUGGGACAAGCCAAAAUGCUCAUGCAUUUGCUUGUACAAGGUUUAAGGCCGAGUACCAUGUUUUCCAAAAGGUGUGUGUAAAUGGACAAAACGCAUCGCCAGUCUACAGAUUCCUCAAGUCGAAGAAACCCACUUUCUUUGGAACAAGGAUCAAAUGGAACUUCACCAAGUUCUUGGUCGGCAAAGAUGGCCAAGUCAUUGAUCGUUAUGGCUCAACUGUCCCACCUCUCUCCAUCGAGGUCUCUCUCUCUAGCUCUUUUUAA